GCGCGCCAUGGAGGGGGCGAGGCGGGUCCGAGGAAAAACCCGGCGGAGCCGCUCCCGGAUCCCUGGUUGGGCCCAAGUAGUGCGACGCCUCCCCGAUGCGGCGCAGGAUGAUUUCAGAAAUGGCAGACGAAGGCAGUGAGGAGACAAUGUUUAUAUGGUGUGAAGACUGUAGUCAGUAUCAUGAUUCAGAAUGUCCAGAACUGGGGCCAGUAGUGACUGUCAAAGACUCCUUUGUAUUAAGUAGAGCAAGAUCAUCCCUUCCAUCCAAUCUGGAGAUCAGACAACUAGAAGAUGGGACUGAAGGUGUUUUUGCAGUGUCUCAGAUGGUCAAGCGUACCCAGUUUGGCCCUUUUGAAUCCAAAAGAGUUGCCAAACUGGAAAAGGAGUCAGCAUUUCCGUUGAAGGUUUUUCAGAAGGAUGGUCCUCCAAUAUAUUUUGAUACCUCUAAUGAAGAUGAUUGUAACUGGAUGAUGAUGGUGAGACCAGCCACACAGUAUGAACAUCAGAACCUGACUGCUUUCCAGCAUGAUAAUGACAUUUAUUUCACUACUUCCCGAGAUAUUCCACCUGGAAUUGAAUUAAGAGUAUGGUAUGCUGCUUUCUAUGCCAAAAAAAUGGAAAAGCCUGUUCUAAAGCAGGCUACUAACAUUGCCAAUGACGUGUGCUUAGUUGUGAUGGAAUGUGACCAAGAGGGAAACAAAAUUACUCCAAAGCCUUCUGACACAUGUGUCUUGUCUGUCAAGAAAGUCAAGAAGUCCCGAGUUCAUGAGGCCAAUCUUACAGAGAGCACUUUAGAUAGUAGCGGGCCUCUUGAAACAGAGUCUAAGCAGUGGACAUGUAAAGUAUGCUCAACAACUUUCCAUGAACCUCAACUGCUGACAGAGCAUCUGCUGAGUCACCUGGAACAAGCCAAAGGAGCUCCUCAGAGCAGUCAGAACGAUGCACUUCCAGAGAAAGCUGUGGAGGCUCCACCUUCAGAUCCACCUAUAACCCAUGAAAACACCAAUGUUAACAUAGAUAUGAAAAGAAAACCACGAAAGGGCAGGAAGUCAAAAGUCACAAAAGCUGAAACUCCCCUUGCGACUGUGGUUGAUAAUGACCAUUCUGAGGAUCAUGUUGCUGAAAUUAUAACAGAGAUCCCUCUUGAUGACGUAGCUCUUCCUUCCGCUGCAGAAGAAAGGAUCAUGGAGAUGGUUUUAGGGAAGCUACCCAGUACUGGAAACAGUAUGAAUUCCAUAACAAAAAAGUAUCCUCAUCAUCAAAGCUCUAUGUCCCUCAAGAGAAGUUUAAUCCUUUCUAGUAGGCAUGGGAUACGGCGAAAGCUGAUUAAGCAACUUGGAGAACACAAACGGGUAUAUCAGUGUAACAUCUGCAGUAAGAUGUUCCAGAACAGCAGCAACCUCAGCAGACACAUCCGCUCUCAUGGUGACAAAUUAUUUAAAUGUGAAGAGUGUGCCAAGCUUUUUAGUCGCAAAGAGAGUCUGAAGCAACACGUUUCCUAUAAACACAGUAGGAAUGAGGUUGACAGUGAAUACAGGUACAGGUGUGCUACAUGUGAAAAAGCUUUUCGGAUAGAGAGUGCGUUAGAAUUCCACAAUUGUAGGACAGAUGACAAGACAUUUCAGUGUGAGAUGUGUUUCAGAUUCUUUUCUACAAACAGCAAUCUCUCAAAACACAAAAAGAAACACGGGGACAAGAAAUUCGCCUGUGAGAUCUGUAACAAGUUGUUUUACCGGAAAGAUGUCAUGUUGGAUCACCAGAGACGACACCUGGAAGGCGUGAGGCGUGUAAAAAGAGAGGACUUUGAGCACAACACAGACAACCUGGUCCGCUACAAGAAGGAGCCAUCUGGCUGCCCUGUGUGUGGAAAGAUAUUUUCUUGUAGGAGCAAUAUGAACAAGCAUCUCCUUACUCACGGAGAUAAGAAAUACACCUGUGAGAUUUGUGGUCGUAAAUUCUUCAGGGUAGAUGUACUGAGGGACCAUAUUCACGUUCAUUUUAAGGACAUUGCAAUAAUGGAUGACCACCAAAGGGAAGAAUUCAUUGGCAAAAUUGGAAUCUCUUCUGAGGAAAAUGAUGAAAAUUCAGAUGGCAGUGUGGAUUCCGAGCCUCACAAGUAUAGCUGCAAAAGGUGCCAGUUAACAUUUGGCCGAGGAAAGGAAUAUUUGAAACACAUCAUGGAAGUUCACAAGGAGAAGGGAUAUGGCUGUAGCAUCUGCAAUAGACGUUUUGCUUUGAAGGCAACUUACCAUGCACACAUGGUAAUUCAUCGAGAGAAUCUGCCUGACCCCAAUGUGCAGAAAUACAUCCAUCCAUGUGAAAUCUGUGGAAGGAUUUUUAACAGCAUAGGGAAUUUAGAGCGGCAUAAACUUAUUCAUACAGGUGUGAAAAGUCAUGCCUGUGAACAAUGUGGUAAGUCAUUUGCGAGGAAGGAUAUGUUAAAAGAACAUAUGAGAGUCCAUGAUAAUAUCCGAGAAUACCUGUGCGCAGAAUGUGGCAAAGGCAUGAAAACAAAACAUGCAUUGCGCCAUCACAUGAAACUACACAAAGGGAUAAAAGAGUAUGAAUGCACGGAGUGCCAUCGGAAAUUUGCACAAAAAGUCAACAUGCUGAAGCACUACAAAAGACAUACAGGAAUCAAAGAUUUCAUGUGUGAGCUCUGUGGGAAAACGUUUAGUGAAAGGAACACAAUGGAGACUCAUAAACUUAUUCACACAGUGGGGAAGCAGUGGACAUGUUCAGUGUGUGAUAAAAAGUAUGUCACUGAUUACAUGCUCCAGAAACACAUCCAGCUGACGCACGAUAAGGUAGAAGCUCAGAGUUGUCAGCUCUGUGGAACAAAGGUUUCUACCAGAGCAUCAAUGAGCCGUCAUAUGAGGCGAAAACAUCCAGAGGUGCUUUCAGUUAGGAUUGAUGACUUAGAACAGCUCCCAGAGACCACUACAGUGGAUGCUUCUUCUAUAGGAAUUGUGCAGCCAGAUCUGUCUCUGGAACAGGGAGAGCAACCAGAGGGGAAGCAUGUGAAGACGCAUAAACGUGGCCAUAAACGAAAGCAUAAACCCAGUGAGGAGGAGGAAGUCCAAGUGCCUGAGGAUUCUGCCUUCAGUGAAUAUACAGAAAAAGAAGUGGAAUUCACAGGAAAUGUGGGCGAUGAGACCAAUUCAGCUGUGCAGAGCAUUCAGCAGGUGGUGGUGACCCUUGGCAAUCCCAAUGUUACAGCUCCUUCUAGCUCUGUUGGUCUGACCAAUAUUAGCGUCACCCCUAUCACCACUCCAGCGGGGACUCAAUUUACAAACCUACAACCUGUAGCCGUGGGUCAUCUUGCAACUCCUGAACGCCAGUUGCAACUGGACAAUUCCAUUCUCACAGUGACUUUUGAUACAGUUACUGGUUCUGCCAUGCUGCAUGGCAACCGCCAAAACGAUAUCCAACUACAGUCACAGCCUGAAGCAACAAAUCCUCAGUCAGUCGCACACUUUAUAAAUUUAACAACUCUGGUGAACUCAAUUGCUCCGUUAGGGAGCCAGAUAUCAGAACAGCAUCCCUUGACGUGGAGAGCAGUGCCUCAAACUGAUGUCCUGCAGACUCAGACCCCGCCAACACAACCUCAGACAGGGCAGCAGCAGGUUUCAACAGAACAGCCACAGCAGAUGUACAGCUAUUAAUUUGUACUUGAAAGAAGAUUCCAAACUGUGAAUGGGCUUGAAUGAGCCCAGGGGCGCUUAGCAGAAUCAAGUGCUGGAUACCAAACAGAAGUGGAAGGAGGGAGCUUAAAGGCUGACAAGUAAGGUGGUGUUGACACAUCAGUUUAACAUACAGAGGCCUUAACAGUCUCCUGUUCUCCAGACACCACCCUGUUCAUACAAAAGGUGGUUAGCCAGUCUGGACUAGUUGGUUUGGAGUGCUGAGGCCUUACAGAGGGAUUGUAAUACAUUUGACAAACAAGGUAGAGAAGUAAGAAAAAGAAAACACAGCUGCAGUGUUUUCAAAAAUCACAGUGAGUUAGGAUCCAGUAGUCUGGCUAUGGAACGUAAGAGCAUAGUUGAGCAGAAAGAAAUGCUUUGUUUUUUUCUAGCUUAGACAGUCCUGUAUCUAAUGGAAAAAAUAAAUGGGUGGCAGUAGGGUGGGAAUUGUCUGUGAUGUGAAGUGCACUUCAUUUCAUUAACCAUUUCCAUUUUUGUGAAAGAGAAGCCUGCUUCAGGGAGACGGUGGUGGGGAAUCUCGGCUGAAAAAAGCCAGCCUGAUAUUAGAGCAACAUUUAUGGUCUUAUAAGAACAAAUUAAAACUUGCUUCAAGCUUAUGGUGGAUGAAAUGCCUAUAAAUUGAUAGACUUAUUCCCAGAACUGUUCUUUCAAUAAAAAUUACAUUUAGUUAGUAGCCUGGAGAGCAGUAUUUCCCAUUGACACUGAGUUUGCUAGUUGACUGUGAAUUCACCAGUAAAUCUUCUUCUAUCAUGUAACAAACACAUAUUUGAAUAAAGGCAUUUUUCCCUUUGCACAUUCUGUGAUCUUGGGGGAUAUUUGCAAAUUAAAGGGCAUUUUCUAAUUACUUAAUGUAUUCUUUAAUUCUUCCACUUGUAAUAACUAAUGCAUGGAUUGUGCUCAAAAAAUAAAUUCCAAACCCCACAGCAACAUAUACUUACCUGGGUGCAAACAGUAAUGUUCCAUUUAUUGAAAUAUUAUGGUGACCACAAGGAGGCAGCCUCAACUAGUGCCUUGCUCUGCACAAAAAGGAGAAGGCAAAGGCCUUUCGCUAUGCCUAAGCUGAAGUUGACAUUUCUGCCAUCUAAUAAACAUACCUACCAAA